AUGAACGGGCUCUUCGAUGGAAUGGAGGCCAACUUAGAAAGGAAACUUCAAGAGCAGCUGCAGAGGCGCAAUGCGCACGCUGCGCAGAUUGAGAAGGGAGCCGAAGACCUCAAGAGGAGGAUGGAGGAGCAGUUGGAGGUCGAGCGCCGUGUGGGAGAAGAACUCAGAAUGCAGAUCGCGGUCUUGCAGGAGAUCUACACGGAAGUCAACGACAAGCUGGAGAUGUCUCAGAUUGCACAGCAGAAGAUGCAGGCUAGCCGCAAUGAAAUGCUUACAGACAUAGCUCAGCUCCAAGAGAAACUGACGCACGCUGAUGCUGAAAGCAUCCAGAAAGCGGUCAACCUUGAGGCUGAUGUCAAGCACAAGGAGGAGCAGAUCAUUCGCCUCGAGGAAGAAAAGAGGCGACUGAGGGUGAGCCUCAGGGAGCUUGGCAUGCAGGUCAAGGGGGAUCGUGAGGUUGCCGAAGCUCAGGAGGGCGCUCUGCAGACGCAGCUGGCCCAAAUCGAAGCACAGCUUGAGGUCACUACCAGAGCCAGCGAGCAGGCUAAAGUUGAGCUGCAGUAUGCCAAGGAGCAGAUUCAAGGGCUGAACAACAAGGUUGCGGAGCUUGGAAAAGCGCUGCAGGCUGCCCAGCUGAAGGAGCAGGAGCUCUCACGCCAGCUUCAGGCCUCCACGGCAGAAGUGCAGCGGCUGCAAAGCGAGCAGAAAGUCUUGGAGGCUGACAUCUCCGAUGCUCUCCAAAGGGAGCGCAAUCUGGAAGUCAGGCUAGCGCAGGUGCAAAGCAAGAACCAGUACCUAGAGGACCGGUUGCCGAAGAUGGAGGAGGAGAACCAGAAGCUCAUUCGCCGCAUCAGCCUCUUGGAGCAGGUUGCCCAAAACCAGCAGGUCUUCAACUCCAAGCUCUCAGCCGCAUGGUCGCAUGUGGGACGGAAGAUGUCCAUGCAUGGAAGUUCGAUUCGUGCAAUGCUCGUGGGUUUGAGAUGGGUUCAGGCAUCGUAUGCGGAGAAUGAGAGACUGGCCAAUGAGCUCAAUCAGCUGGAGGCCAACUUCAAGGAAAAGGAGAAAGAGACGACGAAGCUGGCUACCGAUCUCGCAAUGUUUCAGGCCUUUUCACAGCCUCUGCCGGGGGUGCUGUGA